AUGUCAUUAAGAGAGUGUUCACGCUGUAAAAAAGACAAAAAACCUGAAGAGUUUGGUAUUAAUAAAACGGAUUACUUUAAAACAUGCAUAUUAUGUCGUCAAAAACUUGAUUUACCUUCAGCAAAAAAUUUACAAACCAAUAAUAAUCCGGAUAAUAAUGAGCAUGUUGAGCACGAAAUUCUAUUAGAUGAUACCGUUGAUUUAGAUAAUUUAGAAGAUUAUAUUUUGACUGAACUUGAGGCAUGUGAAAAUAAUUUAGACGGAAUUGAAAUCAAUAUUCGUGUUGUUUUACCAAGUGAGAAAUUUAAUAAUAAUGAAAUGGACCUUAUUUUUCAAGAAGUUAUUAAAAUUAUUCAAGCUGCUGAUGGAUAUAAAUGGAAUUAUCUACGUCAAUACAAUAAUGUUAGUAAAAAACUAACACGAUGGUACACCUGUUCACUUUCUUCUCAACGUGAUCAUUCUGAACAAAAUCCUAAACGUAUAUAUACUAAGCAAGAACGAUUUACAUGUCAAGGUUUAGUAAGAAUUAUUUUUAACCUAGAAAAAAUGAUUGUGCAUCUUUAUAUACGUCAUUAUGAGCUUCACUUACGCCCAACUAUAAAAGAAAAUGUUGAUAAAAAAGUGAUUGAAUUUAUUAAAAAUAAUAUUCAUCUUACUUCAAGACAACUUUGGGAACAGCUACAGUAUCAAUCACAUACACUAACACAAAAACAAGUCCAUUUCUGGUGGACUACGUUUUAUCAAAAACUUUACCUUCGUGAUGAUGAUCAGUUUAUUUCAACAACUUAUUUGCUACAAGAAGAUGAAAAUUAUUUAUUAUUAUAUAGUAAUCAAGAAAAUGGAAUUUUUGAAAUUGCAUUUACUACUCCAUUUUUACGAUUAUUACAUAAUAAAUACGAAGAAAUAGCCAUGGAUGCUACAUACAAAACAAAUAAAGCUGGAUUUGAACUUUAUGUAGUUAUGGCGAAUAUAGAAGGCGUUGGUUACCCAUUGUCAUAUUUAAUGUUAAAUUCAUUAACAUCUAUGACAAAUAAACGUACUAUAGCAUUAACUAACUAUUUAUAUGCAUUACAAAAGCAAGGCAUUAAUCCUGUAUUUUUUUUUACUGAUAAGGACUUUUCUCAUAUUAAUGCUAUUAAAACAGUUUGGCCUUCUGUAAAAGUUCAAUUAUGCUUGUGGCACUUACGUCGCGCUGUUUUACGUCGAUUACGAAAUAAGGAAUGCUCUACAAAAAUAGUAUAUAACUCAACAGAAGUACAUAAAAUUUUUACUUUUAUUAAUCCGGAAUUUAAACCAUCUAUAGCUAUACAACAUUUUUGUCCACCUUCAUUACAUAAUCAAGUACUUUCUUUAAUGGUAGAACAUUUUAAUUACCAUCCGCAUAUUCUUUUUGGCACUUCAGGAACAUUUUUACAAUCAUCUACGAUUUAUGAAAAUGCAGUAAUGACAAUGUAUAACUUUUGUGUUAAUAACAAUUUACCACACUUAUGGGCUUAUCUUUGGGGAGAAUG